CCCAUCCUCAGCUCCUUCCCCCAGGAUUCAGUCGUGGGCUCCUCUGGAGCUCCAGUCGUUGGUGGCUAUGGAGGCUACUCCCUGGGCUAUGGAGGUCCCUAUGGUUAUGGAGGCUCCUCCUUGGGCUAUGGAGGCCUGUAUGGCUAUGGAGGCUCCCUGGGUUAUGGGGGUCUCUAUGGCUAUGGGGGCUCCUCGCUGGGUUACAGGGGUCUGUAUGGAUACGGAAGAUCCUAUGGGGCUGGAUACUGCAGCCCUUAC